AUUGACAUUCCUGAUUUAAUAGUCGAUCUAAUGCAUAAAUGUUGGGAUACUGAACCACAGAAUCGGAUAAGUGCAGAGGAACUAUGUAGUACUUUACUCCAAUGGCAUUUUAAUAAUUUUAAAGUAUUUCCAAAGUCCAAUAUUACUAAAAAGGUUAUGAAAGAUAAAAAUAUAUCGACCUUAUUGGCUAGAAGGGCAUGUGAGAAAAAUCCAUUUGCAAUAUACACCAGCCGACUUCUUAACUUUAAUGAUCUACCAGAACCAAAAGAUUCUAUCAAAACAUAUGAUUCAUCAAUUAUCGAAUCAGGAGGUAUAAUAAAAUGGAUAUCUUAUUAUAAUCUUUCCAAUAGGAAAUAUUUGGCCAAAGGGGGAUUUGGAACAAUAGAGAAAGCCGUCCUUGUCGAUGAGUCUGGAAUAAAUGUUAAUGUGGCUCUAAAAAUAUUGUAUAAAUCUCGGAACAUUACUGAAGAGUUCUGGAACGAA